UCUCUCUCUCUCUCUCUCUCUCUCUCUCUCUCUCUCUGUCUCUUAUCUCUUCCACAUGGGGUUAUCGAUGUUCUUCUACAGAACCCAAAAAACGUGAAUCAAGUUACAAACUCAUGGCCGUAUUUGUCUUACCUUUCAACCUGGUUUAGGAACCGACAGAAUCAAAGAUCAGUCAUCUCCAUGUCUAAAGGACUUCAAUAAUCGUCUUUAAGCAUUAGAAAAGUCAAAUCGGUGGAUUUUGAAAGACGGUUUCAACAUCGAGGAAGACAUCUACAAACAAUGGUGGGUGAAUCCGGAAAUGUUGAACGCUAGUAGAGGAGGAGGAGCUUCAGUUAAGAAGCAAUCUUGUGGUGAACUUCGUCUUCACAAAGAUAUAUCAGAGUUCAAUGGCAAAGAUGAUUUGAUGAACUUUGAAGUCUCCAUUAAACCCGAUUAUGGUUACUACCAGGUGUUGUUGAGGGGCUUUUGGUUGAAAACUCUCUGAAGUUGUUACUGAAUUUUGGUGAAGUUUCUACAUACCUGGUGCUCAACUCAGUGAAGGAGUACAUGCUUGUGAAACCUGCAAGGGACGCUGCUGCUAAGAUGGAAGCCGAAACAGCUACAGCUAUAGAUGAUGGUCGACUCCAUGAUGAUAAUGAGUCAACCAUAAGAUAACAACUCAGUGAAGUAGUUCAAAAUAGUUUUCGUAUCCUUUAAAAUUGCAACUUGAAAACUGAUAGGUGUUUUAUGUCUUAUAUCAACCACACUUGAUGAUGAAAAUGAGAAGGAUACAGACGAUGCAAGUGAUAUAUCUACAUAUACCAAUACAGGUUAGACUUCUCCUACUUAGUGAUAGAAAUGGAAAUUUUGAUGAUUCUGUUAAUUUAGGUUGUAGAGAAGGCUGAGUCACUUGUUUUAUCUUUGUUAUACUGGUAGUUUUAAACAAAGACCGAGUGACAGUAUUACAGACAGAGCAACACGAGUAUAAGUAGCCAAAAUUGUCUUGAUCCGAAUUUGGUUAUCUAAAGAGAGAAUGAUUAUUUAGGAGUUUAUUAUUGUCUGAGAAGUUUUAGUUUUCUUUUACAAAAUCAUCAUGUUAUUCUCUAAUUGUUUUUAAUUAUAUUACAUGAUACUGGAUGUUCUCCAAUGGGACUUGGAAUCGAGUUGAAUCCGAAGACAACAAAAGGAACAUGAAAGCAGCUGAAAAUAUGACAGAGGCCGGGGAAAAAUGAGAACAGAAGAUCAGGAGUUGCAAGAGAAGACAUUAGUCUGCAUGGAACAACACUCAAACGGACCAGCAAGAUUAUUUAUGUUUCGUGGAAGUACCGUGGCCAGUGGUCAAGGUUUAAAGGCUUCUACACCGAAGUCUGGGGUUCGAAUCCCAGGCGACGCAAUUUCUAUAUUAGAAGGUUUGGGUUUCAAUUCCCGGAGAAGGCGAAUUAUACAGAUUAUUGGAGACAAGUCUUAUAAGGGAUCUUCAGUAUGGCGUAAGGAAUACCGUCAGGAAUGGAUCUCAUAAGGCGGCUCAGGAUGAUGCAGUCAGACAUGAAUUCUUAUAAGGCAGAUAGAAUGGGGAUUACUAGAUCACAAUUAUAACACUCAUAACCCCAGUUAGAGAGAUACGACUUAAAAAAAAAAAAAAUCUUCUAAAGACUUUGUACGGACACACGAUGAUGAGGACGGGUGGCAUCACCGCCACUGCUACAGCUCUGCUUCCAUGUCUCUACCACGGGACAAAUCUUAGCCGCAGCUCCCUUCGUCUCCGAAAUAGCGGUUCUCGAGGAGAACCGAAGCUUCGGCUCAGAUGCGUCUCGCCUUCCGAAUUUGAUUUCUCGCCGCCUCCGAUCGAUCACGAUCUCCUCGAUACAAUAAGUGUUGGUGGAGGGAUAGUGUCAGAAGAUGGUGUUGUUGAGAGUUUUGAUAACGACGAUGAGGCUUUGGAUGCUUUUGAUAACGGAGUUGUGGUCGUGGACCUCUCGCAUUUUGGCAGAAUACGAGUUAGUGGAGAUGACCGUGUUCAUUUCCUUCACAACCAAACCACUGCAAAUUUCGAAUGCCUUAACGAAGGACAGGGGUGUGACACUGUAUUCGUUACCCCAACUGCAAGAACCAUCGAUAUUGCACAUGCCUGGAUAAUGAAAAACGCAAUAAUGCUAAUGGUUUCUCCAACUACGUGCCAAACCAUAAUUGAGAUGCUAAACAAGUAUAUCUUUUUUGCUGACAAAGUAGAGAUCAAAGAUAUCACCAAGCAAACUUGCUUAUUUGCUUUAGCAGGACCGAAAUGUAACCAAAUUAUGUCUAAACUGAAUCUGGGAGAUCUUAUAGGGCAGCCAUAUGGCAAACAUAAGCAUUACAGCUUCGAUGGAAUGCCAAUCACAGUUGGGGUCGGGAGUCUUAUUUCAGAAGAAGGCUUUACCAUGUUAAUGUCACCUGGUGGUGCUGUUUCAGUCUGGAAGACUCUUCUAUCUGAAGGUGCCGUUCCAAUGGGUUCUGAGGCCUGGGAGAAACUUAGAGUCAUUCAAGGAAGACCAGCACCUGAGAGAGAACUGAGCAAGGAAUUCAAUGUUCUGGAAGCGGGUCUAUGGAACUCAAUCUCUUUGAACAAAGGAUGUUAUAAGGGGCAGGAAACUAUCGCGAGACUUAUAACAUAUGAUGGAAUCAAACAAAGGUUGUGUGGACUUGAACUCUCUGCACAAGCAGAACCAGGCAGCACCAUCACGUUCGACGGGAAAAAGGUCGGGAAGCUAACUAGCUACACUAAGGGAAGAAACGGAUCUAGCCAUUUCGGGUUAGGGUACAUCAAGAAGCAAGCAGCCUCAAUUGGAAACACAGUGACUAUAGGAGAAGACAUUUAUGGGAUAGUAGCUGAAGUCCCUUAUCUAUCCCGGCAACAUCCUCCAUCAACCAACCCAAGUUCUUGAGUAGAAGAAAAAAGUUGCACAAGGAAACUGCACAUUGGUACCCAAAACAAACCUUUUUACAAAUAUGUUUUGAGAUGUGAGCAUAUUGUAUUUGGGUUCUCAUUGGAAAUUGUAACAUCAUUACAGUAAUAUUGUUUGAUAGGGAAGAAAUUAGAGCAACAGUUUUCGUUUAUAAA